ACAAAUGAUCCAUAGAUUCAACACAUAAGCUAGUAACUGUUCGAGUAUUAAAAAAAUCAAUACCUGAAGUUACUGUUUAUUGGUAAUUUUUUUAAAUUAUUAAUUGAAUAUAAUUAUCAUUUUGAAAAAUGGUAAAAUCAGGACACAAAAAAUUUUUAAAAAAGGAAAAAUCUAAAGUGAAAUUAAAAGUUUCUCAUCAAACAUUAUUACCUAAAGGACAAAAUGUAACAAACACCAAUUUUAAAGUGCAAAAAAUUGUUUUGAAAGGCCAGUUAAAAGAACGUGGUGAACAUGAAAUACUUUCUAAAGGAAAUCUUAACAUAAAAGAACUGCUUACAAGACUUAACCAUCAUAAUAUGUGGCAAAGGCAGUCUGCUUUAGAGGGAUUAAAUGAUCUUGUAGCAUUUUAUCCCCCACAAACUAUGGCUGUUCACUUGUCAUCAUUUUUAGAAGCUGCUUCACGUCUUUCCUUGGACUGCGAAGCUGAUAUUCGUAAGCUAGCAGUUAAACUUUUAUCAUCUAUUUUGACUGCAGUCAAUGAAGAUCAAGUUGCUCCUUCAUUUGAAAUUGUUACAAGAUACUUAGCUUGUGCAAUGAGUCACAUUAAUUCUGCAGUUCGAGAAACAUCACUACAAGUUUUAGAGGUUCUUAUAGAAAAAUGUCCAAAAUUGACAGCUACUCAGUGUCAGUCUGUUGUUUUACCAGGAUUCUUAGAUUUAAUAUCAUCGAAACUAAAUGAUACAGGAUCCCGUAAACUAACUGUACAAAUAAAUGAACAUACUACUACAAGUGUAUGGCGAUUAAAAGUAUUAAGUAGUUUACGUUCAUUACUUAGUGCUGUUGUUCAAAAUUCUGUUGGAGACUUAAAAAGUUCAAUAACUCUAAAUAGAACUGUGAAUUGGAAGGAUUCUUGCCGUUUGCGUGUUCCUUUAUAUAAUCAAUUUAGCUUAAAGGCAGCUCCAUUAAAUUUAAAUGUUACUGAGAUGUCCCAAGGAAAUUCUUCUAUGAAUGAAAUUCAGGUAGGAAAAA